AUGGCCAAAACUAAAGUUACUGGAGCGACGAGUAGAUUGAAACAAGAUUACCUAAGACUCAAAAACGAUCCUGUACCAUAUGUGACUGCAGAACCAGUGCCUUCAAAUAUAUUAGAAUGGCAUUACGUCGUUAAAGGGCCGGAAAAGAGUCCUUAUGAGGGGGGAUAUUAUCACGGUAAAAUUAUGUUUCCCAGAGAGUUUCCCUUUAAACCACCAUCGAUAUAUAUGAUUACGCCAAAUGGACGAUUCAAGACAAACACAAAACUUUGUCUUAGUAUCACAGAUUUUCAUCCGGACACUUGGAAUCCGGCUUGGUCUAUCUCAACAAUUCUAACAGGUCUGCUUAGUUUUAUGUUAGAGAAGACGCCGACAUUGGGUUCAAUUGAGACAUCAGAAUACCAAAAACGUUGUUUAGCUGCUGAAUCUCUGGAAAUCAAUCUCAAAAACAAAAUGUUCUGUGAAUUGUUUCCAGAAUAUGUAGAGGAAAUUGAAGAGUUAUUGAAGCAAAGACAGGAGGCUUUGUUGCAGUCAGAAAGUGUUAAUGAUAACAGUGAAAGUGAAGUGACUAAUGAACAACAGUCUAAUAUGCAUUACAUCCUAACAAACCUAUUUGUGCUUGUCAGCUUUGUGUUUCUCGCUUUCAUGGUGAAACAUGUUCUCGUGUCCAUUUCUAAUGACUAA